UACGUCGUUUGUUGAAAAGUCAGAACCGCUGAUUCAGACGAAUCGAAUCGGGCGACGUGGUGUUUUCUCGUUCCAAAGGCAGCAUCUCUCGGUCGGCUCUCCGUUCGGCCGCCGAAAGAUGGACAACUCGCGCCUCCUGUUCUACGCUCUCGGCAUUUUCGUGUGCUACUUUUACUACGGCGUCGUCCAGGAACGAAUCACCAGGGGCAAGUACGUCAGCUCGCCGGACGCUGAGCCCGAAUUCUUCACCUACAGCCUGAGCCUGGUGCUCACCACCUGCUUCUUCAACUACCUCUUUGCCAAGGUUCUGCUGGCCACUGUCCAGAAAAAGCAGGGCGAUGACUCGACCAAGACUAUCUACUACUGUUCGAGCGCCCUCACCUACCUGCUGGCAAUGGUUUGCAGCACCAUGGCCCUCCAGUGGGUCAGCUACCCGACGCAAGUGGUUGGAAAGUCGUGCAAACCCAUCCCAGUCAUGAUUCUUGGAGUUUUGCUCGGAAGAAAAAGGUAUCCGCUUCAGAAGUACCUCUUUGUGCUGCUAAUAGUGGUCGGCGUUGCCCUGUUCAUCUGGAAAGACCAUUCGAAGCCACGAUCGGAGGCAGUUCCCGACUCUUGGAUGGGCGAAAUCCUCCUCGUCCUUUCUCUCACCAUGGACGGACUGACCGGCGCCAUCCAGGAACGCAUGCGGGCCGAGCACCAGUCCAAAUCCGGCCACAUGAUGCUCAACAUGAACUUCUGGUCUUGCGCUUUCCUCUCGGUCGCCGUCUUGAUGUCCGGCGAAAUCUGGGACUUCAUCGCCUUCGUCGGCCGCCACCCGGACAUCAUCUGGCAACUUUCCACCUUCGCCCUGGCAAACGCACUUGGACAGUUUUUCAUUUUCCUCACCGUGAGCGAAUUCGGGCCCCUUCCGUGCUCCAUUGUCACGACGACGAGGAAAUUCUUCACCGUUCUCGGCUCGGUUCUGUUUUUCGGCAACACUUUGCUCUCUAGACAGUGGCUGGGCACCCUGUUUGUCUUCGCAGGCCUCUUCCUGGACAGCAUGUACGGCAAGGCGCCGGCAGCCCCGCAAAAACCUAUCAAGUAGAAGACAGCACAAUUUUUCGCAAACUUUUUUGUGAUCUUUUUUUUAUUUUUAAUGAAAAGUGAUCAAAUACAGUGAACAGGAUCAUAUGCAUAUGAUUGCUUUUUUAAUGAACCGGCUCAAAGAUUUUUAUUUUAAGUUGAGCUUGCAGUCACGAAUAUCGUUAAAAUUAUUUGGAAACAAUUUAACUUCUAAUGGUUGCCAAUCAAUAAAUGCUUUUGGAAGCAGUGAAGGAGUCUGGAUUUUUAAAAUAAUAUAUUGUUGGAAGAAAAACUGUGCUAUUUGUUGGCUAUAAUAUAAAUUUUGUGUUACGUGUUCUUACAGUCGGCGUUUGAAAUUGUCCCAUGCUUUUGUUGACAAUUUAUAUAAUUAAUUUCCGUACCACAAAAGAACUAGUUAUUUUUACAACAUACUGUAACACGCAGUCUAGAAAUUUUAGCUUUCAGUUACUUAUCGUGCAAUAUUUCUGCUGUCAAAGCACAUUUUGUUGCACAAGGAAUCUACACUACUUGCCUCAAGUUGUAUUAAGCUGUGUUUUGUCUAUACUUGGUUAAAUUAUAAUUUUGUUAUCUUCCGACUGCCACUUGGAGUGUCAGAUGCGAGCAAUGAUUGUGUUGUUUAAUUAUGAGGAAUGUCAUGUGUUGAAUUUGAUAGGAAAUAUCUAUAAAUUAAUUUAAAAUGUGCUGAGAUACAUUAAAUAAUAAAAAACCUUGAUUUCAAAUUUUAUUUCAA